AUGCCGUUGCCAAACCACUUGACCCGCUGGCAAUGGACCGGCCUCGCCAGCUUUCUUGCAAUUGCGAUCCUCACGGUGCUCCAGUAUCGACCAUCGCACAUGGACUCAAAGUCGGUCUCAGGAUUCAUCCACAAUGGGAGUCCUGUGACCGGCCAGCAUCCGGGUGCUGCCUCGACAAAUGAUGUACCUGGUGUCACAUCCAAAUUGCACCUCCUGAUGCCCGCGAGCGGGAAACAUUUUCGACUGUGUCGUGCGCUCGCCUCGGCGACAAUUCUGGGUUAUCCGGUCCCCGUGAUGAACGGCUGGAUGAAGGAGGGCGAAUUGGAUGCUUCGAAGACUCAUCUAGCAAAAGUCCGCACAGUCAUGCAAUACCUGGACAGUCUUCCACCCUCGUCUGACGAAGACCUUGUUCUCAUGGUGGACGGCUACGAUAUCGUUUUCCAGAUCCCACCAGAUGUCCUCAUCGACCGAUAUUUUGCUACGGUUCGCACGGCGUCGGCAAAGCUAGCAGCGCGUUUUGGAGUGCAUUCCGUCGACUCGCUCGUGGGACCCAACAGUCCGCGUCAAACUAUUCUUUUUGGCCCAGAAAAAAUCUGCUACCCGGUUCAAUGGGGCCGCGUCGGGUGCUGGGCGAUUCCCGAGGACAUCGAUAUUCCUCCUGGCGCAUUUGGACCGGAUGAUGGGCAGAUGAGCCACAAUCUUCCUCGCUGGCUCAAUUCAGGGACUAUCAUGGGCCCGGCAAAGGAUAUGCGCAAGUUAUUCGCGGCCACAUUGGAUCGAAUCGCUGAAACCUACGACCCCAACCAUCAGUUCAGCGAUUCUGAUCAAAUGUACAUGAGCGAUAUUUGGGGAGUGCAAGAAUUCGGCCGCUCGAUAGAGGCGCGCCGUCUAUAUUUUCAUGGAGACGUGGAUCCAAAUGAUGUUGUCCCAACCGGUGGAGAAACAAAAACCGUCCCGACGCUGUCCCCGGGUCAACAGACAGAGUAUCAUAUCGGCAUUGAUUAUCGAUCAGCACUUUUCCAAACACGUGUCGGAUCCGAUCAUGCACUUGCAUUUCUCGCUUACAAUGAAACUAACGAGACUGGCGACACAACCUACGCUACCGUCUUUCAAAACAUUAGCGAGUAUACCCAUUUUAAGCCCUAUAAGAUUGAAUUACCGUCCAAUCUUGCCUCCUCGAUUACUCGGGUUCUUCAGUCGAUCAAAGGCGUCAUAACCGCAAUUCCCCAUGUCACCGAACUGAGGUUGGACACCAAUGUUGUGACUAAGAAUGUCUACGGUCUCUUUCAUUGUACGGGUGAUAAAGAUUACAUCGAUGACUUGUGGGCCAAGUUAUGGUACUACCCAUAUGCUCGACCACUUUUCGAAGCGGCAAUUCCAUCGCUGAAGGCGGGCCGAUCUUUGGGGAUUGAAGAUGGACGUGCCUGGCUUCCCGCCCAUACUCUCCCCUCGAAUUCUUCAGAAGCCCAGGGAAUCAAUGCUACUGGAGCUUGGACAGGUGCUGACGGCGAGUGGGUCGCAUGGCAAGAUAUUUGUGGAGACUUUGAGGAUGAAGUCUUCGGAAACCAAUAA